AUGCUUUUGGCUAGCGCUUUGCUGAUAAAUAAUAUUAUUCUAUUUGUUCUUGAAACUGUUGGUUACCAUACAUGUCAUAGUGUGAUACUACUCCUCGAUGGCUAUUAUCAUCUAUGUCAAGCUAUUUUGUGUACGGUACGAAUAGUUUCGCAGCUCAUUCAAUAUAGAUGUACCGCUCGUCAUACAUAUGGAUUGGCUCGAAUUGGUGUUCUUGGUGAAUUGGUGGCUUUCAUUUGUUUUAUAGCUCUGUCUGUAUCGGUGUUUUUUGAGAGUAUUAAACAUGUUGUUAAUGUUAUCUUCGUCAAUUCACAACGAGAGAACAAUAGCACAAGUUUGUUUUCUGCUCAUAGUCAUGAACAAAAUCUUAAUCUUACUAAUUAUACACAUUUCAUUCUUGGUAUCGGUAUCUACGGUACUAUUUCGAAUUGUCUACUGGGCUUUGUAAUACUAUGUAUUGUCAUAAAACGUUCGAUUAAGUUCGAAAAGCAAUUGAAACAGAGAAGACCAAGCUUGAAACAACCAUUACCAAGAAAAUUAUUAUCAAAAUCACAUCUAAUUACUGAUACAUUAUCCAUUCGUCAUUCCUAUCUUCAAGUUCUAAACAUGUUACUUGGUCCAGUAGCUAUAUUUGUUUGUGGUAUUUUACUAGUAAUGUUAUCCGACAAACAACAUAUCAUUAUUUCAUUCACUCGUCUUGUUGAUCCGAUCGUUUGCUGUUCUCUUUUUCUUUCAUAUAUUCUUAUAAUUUUUAUUCCAAUGCGUCAUGUCAUGCAUCUUGUUCUGCAAGCCAAUCCAUGCGAUCUAAAGGCUGAACAAGUGGAAAAAAUACUUUGUGAUUCUAUUACAGGUAUUGUGAGUAUACACGAACUACAUAUUUGGCGUUUAACGCCACAACGGACAUUAGCAACUGUGCACAUCAUAUUCAAUACAACCGAUGACAUACUCACAAAAUAUACAGAUAUUAGUUUUAUAUUUCAAACACUCCACAUCGAUCAUGUUACAAUUCAACCUGAAUUUGCUUUGCCUACGGAUGAAAUUGAAAAAUUAGGUUGCCAUUAUCAAUGUGUGACAAGCAGCAAUGAAUGUGAACCACUACGCUGUUGUGAAUAUUCUAUAAUCAAUAGACCUUGA